GUGCAGUCGAGCGCAGAGCACCUCCGCGCUUCGAUGGAGUAUGGCGCUCUCCAGAGGCUUGAGAUGCUGCCAGAGGGUUUUCUCCUGGAUUCCUGUGCUUAUUAUCACCGGCGUGGUGUUGUGGUCCUACUACGCCUACGUCUUCCAGCUCUGUCUGUUCACCCUGUCCAACACUUUGGAAAAAGUGGCCUAUUUACUGGUGUUCCAUGUGUGCUUUGGGAUGUUUUCCUGGACCUACUGGCAGUCCAUCUUUACACCUCCUGCUUCCCCAUGCAAGAAGUUUCGGCUGUCGUACUCAGAAAAGGAACAAUACGAGAUGGAGGAGAGGCCGGAUGCACAGAAACAAAUCCUGGUAGAGAUCGCUAAGAAGCUGCCCAUCUAUACCCGAGCUCAGUCUGGAGCUAUCAGGUUCUGCGACCGCUGCCAGGUGCUGAAGCCUGACCGCUGUCACCACUGCUCGGUCUGUGAAAUGUGUGUUUUGAAAAUGGACCAUCACUGCCCCUGGGUGAAUAACUGCGUUGGCUUUUCCAACUACAAGUAUUUCCUGCUUUUCCUCUCCUAUUCCAUGCUUUAUUGCAUAUUCAUCGCAGCCACUGUCUUUCAGUACUUCAUCAAAUUCUGGGUGGGGGACUUGCCAAACGGGCCUGCAAAGUUCCAUGUCCUUUUUCUCAUGUUUGUGGCGCUCAUGUUCUUUGUCAGUCUCAUGUUCCUCUUCGGUUAUCACUGCUGGUUGGUGGCCAAAAACAGAUCCACUUUAGAGGCCUUCUCUGCUCCAGUUUUUGUCAACGGACCAGACCGACAUGGCUUUAACGUUGGCAUACGCAGAAAUCUGCAGCAAGUGUUCGGAAAAGACCGGAGACUGUGGUUUAUUCCAGUUUUUACAAGCCAAGGGAACGGCCACUACUUCCCCUUAAAGAAUCGGAGAGAGUGUCAAAACCCCUUGCUAGCCAAUGAGGAGAUUUGGGAGGAGUCAGACGACGCCUCAGAGGAAGGAAGCUGGGUUGAGGAUGAAGAGCUGUCUGUUACCAUAGAGAGGGAGGAAUAGCACCUCCAUGUGAGAAGUGACACGCCCAGCCUGUAGAUGAUGUUUUUUCCUCUCCUAAAGACAAUGUGACCAAGCAGCCGUCUGCUUCCUGUCAUCGCAGCAAGGUGUCAUGUGAUCAUGAGGUAAGCGAUGCUCCUCUGGGUGCCCCUUUUGCACUUUUGUCUAAUGUUACCUCACGCUGACUCGGCUUGGAGAGGCUGCUUCAUCGGGCAGGAAGCUCAGUUGUGUCACAGAAGAAGCGUAAUCGUAUUUAUUUCCUCUUAACUGGCGCCUUGAACACUUUUACAUACGUGGCCCUGUGUUGUGGGAGCCCUUUUUUCCCAGUGAAUGUCCUGGACUGUGCUGUGUUUUACACAACUCUCCAUCUUUUAUUGUCUUAUUUAGGCUGGUAUUCAAAUACUUUAAUAUCAAAGCAUGUAAGAGAGCACAUGAAGAAUCAUAUCCUAAAUACAUACAGGUAAAAGCCAGUAAAUUAGAAUAUUUUGAAAAACUUGAUUUAUUUCAGUAA